AUGGCCAAAGUUUUAACAGAAUCACAAUUCCAAUCCCAGAUCGUUUCCAAGUAUGUCGAUGUUAUCGGUGAAAAAUUAGGUGGAAAAGUUCACUCAUUCUCAGACGAAUGGUUUGCUCAAGCUGGGAACUUGAUAAAACCAAAGGCACCAAUUAGAGAUGCCACGAGAUUUACCUACGCGGGCGCAUGGUAUGAUGGAUGGGAAACAAGAAGACAUAAUGAACAAGAGGCAGAUUGGGUCAUUUUCAAAUUUGGUGUUAGUUCAGCAAACUUGAUAGGGUGUGAGGUAGACACCACGUUUUUCAAUGGUAAUCAUGCACCAGCAAUUUCCGUUGAGGCGGUUCAGAUCUUUGAUGAUGGAGAGUUGGCCAAACUUGAUGAAAAGGAUUGGGAACCUGUCAUACCCAAAACCGAAUGUGGCCCCAGUCAAAAGCACUUUUUUGCUAGAGACAAACUUACUGCAAAGAACUACACUCAUGCCAGAUUAAGAAUGUAUCCAGAUGGAGGCAUUGCCAGAUUUAGGUUGUACGGACAUGUUGUGCCAGUCACCAAAAACACUGCCGAAGUGAUUGAUUUUGCAUCAGUGAAGAACGGAGGUGUUGCAAUUAAAGUUAGCGAUCAACACUUUGGUACUGCUGACAACUUGUUGUUGCCUGGAAGAGGACAUGACAUGAGUGAUGGUUGGGAGACAAAGAGGUCCAGAGAACCGGGCCACACUGAUUGGGUCGUGAUAAGAUUAGGAGCUCCUGCUCAAUUGCAAAAGGUUGUCAUCGACACUGCUCACUUUAGAGGCAAUUUCCCACAAAAGGUCAAUGUGAAGGGAGCUGAGGUCAAGGAUGAAAAUGACAUUGAUAGUGCUGAUUGGGUCACUAUUAUACCAGACUCCAAAACCAGUGCAGACAAAGAGCAUGAAUUCGACGUCAAAAACAACGAUACCUUUUCACAUAUAAAGGUGACAAUUAUUCCUGAUGGUGGAGUAAAGAGAAUUAGAGCAUUUGGUGUGAAAGCCUGA